GUUCCUGGAAGCUGUUUAGCGAGAGGGUGGAGGAAGAGCCGUGGACGAGUGCAGAGAGAACGCAGGCAAGGCACAGAGAGCUCAGUGAGGACGGCUGUGCGUGUCUGACAUCUCCACGAGUCAGCAGGCGAGGAGGAGGUGUCUACAAAUGGAGGACACAGAAGAAGGAUACUUCGACUAUGGCGAGCACGAUAACGACAGCUUCUACGAGUACUACGCGACGCUGUGCGACAAGCAGGACGUGCGCUUGUUCGGGGGGGCCUUCCUGCCCGUCAUCUACGGGCUGGCGCUCGUCCUGGGUCUGGCGGGCAACUCGCUGGUGGUGGCCGUGUACGUGCGGUACAAAAAGCUGAAGACCAUGACGGACGUGUAUAUCCUGAACCUGGCGGUGGCCGACCUCCUGCUGCUGCUCACGCUGCCCUUCUGGGCGGCCGACGCCGUCCACGGCUGGCAGCUGGGCGUGGCCAUGUGCAAGGUCACCUCUGUCCUCUACGCCGUCAACUUCGGCUGCGGCAUGUUCUUCCUGGCCUGCAUCAGCAUGGACCGGUACCUGGCUACGGUCAGCGCCAGGGGGGCCCCGGUGGCCCAGGGCAGAAAGCGGAUCGUGGUCUGCCUGACCGUCUGGGUGGCAGCCUUCUUGCUGGGAGUCCCGGACUUGAUCUUUACCACGGUCAAGCACACGUCCAGCCAGAAGGCCUGCAUUGCCGUCUACUCCACCAACAUGGCUGUGGCGACCAAGUCCACAUUGGAGAUCCUGGAGGUGGUGCUGGCCUUCCUGCUGCCCUUCCUGGUCAUGCUGUUUUGCUACACCAGACUGGCGAGGGCCAUCCGCAGGCUCCCCGAGGCCAGGCAGGGGAGGAAGCGGCACGUCUUCAGGGUGCUGCUGGCCGUGGUUGGCACCUUCCUCCUCACCCAACUGCCCUAUAAUGUGGUGAAGUUCUGGCGCGCCAUGGACAUCAUCUAUAACUUGGUCACGCAAUGCGAGAGCAGCAAGAGCCUAGACCGGGCCAUGCAGGUGACAGAGAGCCUGGCGCUGACCCACAGCUGCCUGAACCCUGUUCUCUACGCCUUCCUGGGCUCCUCAUUCCGGCAGUACCUCCUCAAGAUAAUGAAGGCCUUCGGCCAGCGGAGGAGGACCUGGCAUGGCCGGGAACAACCAAGAGAGGUGGAGAUCUCCCUCAACUCCCACGAGACGUCUGAGGACACCAGCCAGUUUACUAUAUGACCCUGGAGCUGCAACACACAGAUGUCUGAAACAUCUAAGCACAACACUGCGUAUUAUUGGGACUCUCCAACUUUUACGACAUAUAUCCUGCAUAACUUCCCAGUUCAUAGUGGUUUUUACAAAAUGCAUUUGUAUAGUUUUGUAUCUAUGCCUGCUCCAUAUUUUUUUUAACUAAUAAAACAACUAUGUUUUCUUAACUUCA